UCUGCAUAGUUGUAAUAUGUUGAGUAAAACACAGAGCAGAUGAGAGCGGCUUCUGGAACCGUCCACAGCGGAGUAAACACAUCGUCACGCGGGGGAAGCCUCGGUGUUUGCAGCGAGUGGUUGUGAACGCGGCCCGGAUGACGCGGAUCGUGUCGCGGGAAACUAGACGCUGCAAUCUCAACAAGUAAAAUUAAGAUCCUCAGACACGAAACAGGUUCCUACAAUGGAUACGUUUGUGGCUCAGACACAGAAUAAACGCUCAUGCACCAGUGAUGCCGUAACAAGAGGAAGUCCAAGGAAGAAGAUCAAACUGUUGGAAGAGGCGAGGGUAAAGGAAGAGGAGGAGGAGGAAGAAGAUGAAGAUGCAGCUUUAGCAGAGUUCUCUCAUCCUGUUCUGUGGCAGAAAAUAGAGGCAGAGGGACUAGACUGUGAUUAUGCUUUACUCUUCUCCAGAGAGGAAGCAGACCAGCUGUUUAAACAGUUGGAGGAGGAGGUGGAGUACUCUACAGUUGUGGCUGUUUCUUUUCCAGGGGAAGAAGCAAAGGUUCACGUGUUUGGAAAGCUGUACAAUAUACCCAGAAAGCAGGCGACACACGGAGAUGCAGGUUUAACCUACACUUAUUCUGGGGUGAAACGUUCAGCCUGCCCCUGGACUCCAACCUUGGAAUCCAUCCGGGACGCUGUCACAAAAACAACAGGACAGACCUUUAACUUUGUCUUGGUAAACAGGUACAAAGACGGGCAGGAUCACAUGGGUGAGCAUCGGGACGAUGAAAAGGAGCUGGACCCACUUUGUCCCAUCGCCUCCGUCUCUCUGGGUGCAGCACGAGACUUCGUCUUCAGGCACAGAGACGCUCGGGGAAAACAGAGCAGCCGGCAGAUAGAACCUGUGAAGCUGGAGCUCAGUCAUGGGAGCCUGCUCCUCAUGAACCCACCCACCAACACUUUCUGGUACCACAGCCUUCCUGUUCGCAAGAGGGUCCUUCUGCCUCGCAUCAACCUCACCUUCAGACGCAUCGUACUGGACAGCAAGAAAUGAGAGGGAGCCACAGUGGGGGCAAGGCCCUAACUGGUCAAUACUGCCCGAGGAUAUAGACAAAUAUUACAGAUCUAAAACGUGUUUCUCAAUGUUGUGGCUGAACCUGAGUGACAAAAUGGCAGCACACGGUGAAGGUGAGGAGGCUCAGCUGGGACUCUGUUUGAAUCUGUGGUCAAAUUUCUGUCUCAUUCAAGUUCAAACUGAAACUAUCAGUUAUAUUUUGUAUAGUACUAAUGUUUACUGAGUCAACAAUGAUAAACAAUUCAAUCCUCUUGAAGAAUCACAGGAUCUCAUUGAUUAGAGCAGGCAGGCCGUAUUUUGACAGAGCCCUGAUUUUAGAUUAGGCCUUUAACCUAUGUGGUGGUAAAAGGAAAGAUGACUAUUAUUCCAGAUAUAGGUUAAUUGAUCAGACUCCAAAUUUAAAUGUGAUGACAACGAAGUGAAGGUGAUGUUAAUCUGAUCUGACAUUUAAGGAUUUCAACAAGUUUCUGGAGCAUCGCAGAUAUUUUUUACCUUGGAAAUGGAUGUUUGACCCAAAACAUUUUCAUGGCUCUUGGUGGGAACAUUUAGGAAACUAAUAUGUGUGCGUCAAAUUUGGUGCAUCUUGAUUGAAUAUUAGGGGACUGUUGGGCCAUGGUGGAGGUUUGUUCUCGACUGAAUGUCAUUCUAGUUAUAAUCUGUCUGCCUUUGUCACGUUUACCCUGUGAAAUGAUGUAUUUAUUUAUUCUUUUGAAAACUACUGCUAGUUUGUUUCUUCUGUGCAUAUUUGAUCAAUAUAAAGAAAAUUCUUAGACUUGUUAGAGAUUCAGUGUUGUCUUCAAAGACACUUGAGGAAAUGUGUUAGUUGAUUCUAGGCAUUUCUACUGAUAGAUAAUACUGUAUCUGUUGUCUCAAGCUAUCAUAUAUUUAUGUUGCUUCAAUGAAUCUAGAAUGCACAUUAGUUUAGUUUUUUUAAUACCUGAAAACAAUCACCUUUACAGAUUGCACACAGAUACACAAUCUCACAUGAAUAUACAUUUGUGCAAAUCGCAGACAGUAACCAGGAGCGUUUUUCUCGCGGAUUGGUCAGAGCAAACAAGGCAGUUAUAAGUUACACAGAAUUAAAAAAUAUUCAGGAUAACUUGCCCAAUACACCUGCAGUUUUCCUCUGGCUUUAUUAACCAAAAGCAGAUCAUUAUGAAUUUGUUACAGCGCGGGUACAUCCUUUUUCCAUUAAGAGAUCUUAUGUUAUGUUCACAUCAGCUGCAGCAGACGUGGUUUCAAUCCACGUCCAAAUCCUGCACAAUAAAGACAACAUGGCACUUGAACCUCAACUGUGCAGCUCUGCAAAACAGGACAGUGUAAGGAUUACUGGAAACAUAGAAAAAUAUCAAAUUCAUCAGCUUAUGAACUGAGUCGAUCCAUUUCAGACUACGUGCUGGGAAUGAUUAGGCAGAUAAGAUUAGACAAUGGAGAACCAGAGUUAAGCCUUUUUCAGAAUAUGCAACAAGUAGCAUCUCCAUGAAGUCCUGAUGAGUUACCUCUGUUGAGCUGAGUCCACGCCUCCGACAGCCUCAACAUAAAUAACACUAUAUACUUCACACAUGAACAUUGUGAUGCAGGACUCUCACCAUAGAAUCCACUAUAUUGUCAUGUGUUGCUGUUUUCUUGUCCUGUAGAAGCCACAUUGACAGAAACUGUUACACGUGUCAAACGUCCGACAGGUCCAUCAUCAUUUGGAUUUAGAGCAUCCUACCAUCAGACCAGACUGAAAAGUGUCCGCUCAUGGAAUUCAUGUCAGAAAACGUCAUCAGUGAUCUUCAACAUGUUGCUGUGAUCCAGGAAGUAAAAUCACCUCUUCUAAAACUC